AUGGAUAACUUGGAUUUCUUUGAUGUUGAUAAUGAUUUUGGUAUAAAUAAUAAUAAGAGUUUUAUGAGUAUCGACAUGAACUAUAAUGAAAGUUUUAUAAGUGUUAACAUGAACGAUAACGAGAUUUCUGGAGAUUUUUACAAUAAUGAAGGGAUGGAUGAUAACAAUGAAUCAGAAUUAGAUGAUCAUGAAGAACAUGAAGAAAAUACAAGAUUUGCCUAUCUGUUAGUCAAAAGUCAGGUUUUCGAGUCUUGGAAAGCUGUUAACUACUGGUUGGAAUGUCAUGAUCAGGAAUUGGGCUUUGCAUUUAGUAUUACACAUAGUGAAAAUGACAAAUCUGAUGAGACACCUUGGUGGCAUGUCUAUAUGUGUACAAAUAAACAGAGAUAUGUGCCACAUAAAGAAGCACAUAUACUUGAUGAUGCAGGCAGCACAUACUUGGAAUUGAUUAAAAAACAACGUGAUGAUCCUGGUUAUUUUGUUGAGGCAAAGUUUGAAGGGACAAAUAAUCAUUUAGUUGCUCUUAUAUGGAUGACAUUUAGUCAAAUACAAUU